AAUCACUUGCUGGAUGUCAUUUGACCCAGCACAAGGUCUCAGUGAACUUGCGAAAUAUCGGAAAUUGAAUCUGUGGAGUUCUUGUGUUUUUUUGUUGACUAUAAAAUUGUGAAAACAUAUAUCUGCGAAGUGCUAUUUUUUUCCAUACUGGAUUUUUCAAAGGAUAUUACUACUAACCUUGACCAUUGGAUAAUUUGAAAUAAGUCCAAUUAGAAUCCACUUCAGCGAAAUAUGCCUAUCAGCGAAGACGAGUUUGAAUACGGAAGAUCCCAGGAACCACAAUCGACAAUGUCCAAAGCAGAGCUGAGAAAAACACACAAACCUAUCAUGGAAAAACGGAGACGAGCUAGGAUCAAUCACUGCUUGAACGAGAUAAAGUCCCUCAUCUUAGAAGCCAUGAACAAAGAUCCAUCCCGUCACUCCAAGCUAGAGAAAGCAGACAUCCUGGAAAUGGCUGUCAAACACCUACAGAACGUCCAACGUCAACAGCUAGCUCUGGCCAUGGCAACAGACCCAUCAGUAAUCAGAAAAUUCAAGAGCGGCUUCGACGAGUGUGCCUCAGAAAUCGACAGAUACAUCGGCCAAGUGGAAGGAUCAGACGGAGCGAUGAAGCAAAGAGUAUCAAGCCAUCUCCAAAAGUGCAUCGGAGGUAUCGAGCAAGUGGCUCAAUUCAACUUCCCUGGCUUCAACAACCUCCCCUUACUGUCCUCAUCGAGCAAUCGUAUCUUCACCACUCCUCAAGAACCCGCGAACCCUGGGGAUAAGAACAACAGUCCUAGGAUACAGAUACCCCAAGGCAUUCAGCUCAUUCCAAGCCGGUUGCCUAGCGGGGAGCUAGCUCUUUUAGUGCCAAACUCCAGCAAUAUGCCUUACUUCCCAGCUAAUAUCGCUGCUAGCGUCCAACAACGUCCAAGCGCUUUUGCUACUGUGAUGCCUCAACCCACCUCAACUGACCAACUUAUUCCCAAACCGUUGAGUCCUCCAAUGAGUCCUAUCAGACAGGAAGAUAUAAGGAUCCGGAAUCCUUCACCACAUGGCUUCAGGCCAGUCAUUCCCAGCAACAAGAGAGCUUUCAGUGAUGAUCACCAGGUACCACAGAUCUCUUCUAGCACUGUGGCAGGUCAGCCUUUGGAGGUGAAGACUCUGAGAUUUCCCAUUAACAAUAAGAAAAUGGACUCGCCGAAGAAACUUGGGGAGCCUUUGUGUAUCAUCACGAAUCAGUCUGAGAGGCACAAGCAGGCACAAAUGAAGGAGGAUUCUGCUAAUUUCGAGGAGAACAUAGUGCAGCAAGGUCUGAAACGUAAAUAUUCGGAGUCACUAGGACUUUUGACUGUUGCUUCCACUGAUGUUUGUUAUCCAGUUGCUCCGAAAAUUAUCAAAACUCAUUUGGUUACCCCCACUUUGAACCUCGAGAGGGAGACUAAUUCUUCUGCUGAUCUGAGGAAAGCAGAGUUUCAUUAUGUAUCUGUGAUAGAAUCUAUCAGGGAUAAUGAAGCUGGGAGACGUGAUGGUCAGCCAUCUGGAUCCAGAGACAACAAUAAUUUCGAAGGCAAUAAUGAUAUGUGGAGACCUUGGUGAUACUGGGUUUUUACCUGUGAUAUGUUUAGGUUAUGGUUACGAGCUCAAAUUCAAGCUUUAAUGUAAUAUUAGUACAAACUGUGCUUGAAAGUUAAUGAACAAAUGUUAAGUUUUUGAUGGAUGACAGUAUUUGGUGUUGAAUGAUAGUGUUAAGUUUCGACUGAUUACGAUUUCCUGAAAUAGAUGACUAUGCGAUUUUAAUUAAGAAAUAUAUAUUUUUUUG